GCGCUGGAGGCGCGGCUGGGCCGGCGGCGGACGGUGCAGGAGGCCCGGGCGCUGCUGCGCUGCCGCCGAGCAGGGAUAUCUGCCCCAGUUGUCUUUUUUGUGGACUAUGCUUCCAACUGCUUAUAUAUGGAAGAAAUUGAAGGCUCAGUGACUGUUCGGGAUUAUAUUCAAUCCACUAUGGAGGCUGAAAAAACUCCCCAAAGCCUCUUCAGCUUAGCCAAGACAAUUGGGCAUGUGUUGGCUCGAAUGCACGAUGAAGACCUCAUUCAUGGUGAUCUCACCACCUCCAACAUGCUACUGAAACCCCCCCUGCAACAGCUGAACAUCGUACUCAUAGACUUUGGGCUGAGUUUCGUUUCAGCACUUCCAGAAGAUAAGGGAGUAGACCUCUACGUUCUGGAGAAAGCCUUCCUCAGUACCCAUCCCAACACUGAGACUGUGUUUGAAGCCUUUUUGAAGAGCUACUCCACCUCCUCCAAAAAAGCCAGACCAGUGCUAAAAAAAUUAGAUGAAGUACGCUUGAGAGGAAGAAAGAGGUCCAUGGUUGGGUAGAAGAAUGUGUGUAAAAACCACACACUGUUAGGUGUUUUUUUCAAAGUAAAUUUGAAGAAAUGCUAUAGAUAUGAGAUUAGACCUAAAUAAAAGUGUUGAGAUACUUUUAA